AUGUCCGAACGCGCCGCCCGCCACGCCGCCGCCAAGACCGCCAAAGAGCGGGGUUCCGCUCUAUACCGCGACGGCGACUAUCAAGAGGCUGUGAAGGCGUUCAGCGAGGCGAUUAAGGUCGCACCGAAGGACGAUGAAGACUUAGCAGUAUAUCACAGCAAUCGCGCCGCAGCGUACUUGAGACUGAACGACGCUCGCUCGGCGAAGAAAGACGCAGACGUGUGCGUGAAGGCCCGGCCGUUGUGGGCGCGCGGUUGGUCGCGCGUCGCCGCGGCGUGUGAGAUGUUGGGCGACGACGCGGGCGCGGAGAAGGCGUAUGAAAAAUUGAUUUCGCUCGAUGGCGAUAACGUAGACGCGCGAAGGAGCUUGAGAGCGGUUCGCGAGCGAUUAGCAACUAGAGGUGCGCGAGGACGACCGGGCGGUGGGUUCAAGAUCCCCUCGAUACCAAGAUUUUCGAUGCCGAGCCUGGCGGAUGCCGGAGUGGCUGUCGCAGCGGGAAUCUCGAUGGCGAAGAUGCGGUACGAUAGAAUGUCCCCGAAUCAACAGCUCGCGGUGAAGUGCAUCUUGGGUGUCGUGAUAUACAUGGUAUUCACGCGCGUGUACAGGUUUCUGGGUUUCGGACGGUACUCGUAUUAUGAUGAUUACUAUGACGACGUGGGAUUUGGCGGCGGCGGUUUCUCCUUGUACUCAAUCAUCGGCGUCGUUGCCCUGUAUUACGCUCACAAGAGCGGCGCGAGCUGGUGGAACUUGUUAUCCAUCGCGCAAAUGUUUGGUCUCACGGGAGGCGGACGCCGGCGUGGAUACGGAGGUUACGGACGAUACGGCGGUAUGCCUGGCAUGGGCGGUUUCGGGCGCCCGGGCAUGUUCUUCUGA